UGUGAGGGUGACAGGGUGUGGUCUGCCUAGAGCGGGCGACGUGGGAGAGCGGGGCAGAGGCCUGGGGCUGCGGAUGGUGCCGCUGCGUGCAGGGUGCAGGGGACAGCGCGCAGCUGAGCGGAGGCGAGGGUGUCCCGGGCUCGCCAAGUGCCCAGCUCCAAGCUGCUCCAGAGCCCUCGCGGACCGCGGGGCCGGACACCUGCGAGUGAGGAGCGAGUGGCACUCAGUCUUCCCAGCAAGCUCAGUGAGGACUGCAGACCAUCAGGAAUAAAAAGGACCUUGGCAACCAGAGGCCAUCACAAGACAUCAACAAAGGGAACAGCUGGAAUCAAAGGAGGGAAAGGCACAGUGUCCACCUGAAGGAUCUCCAACCUGAUCAGAUGCCAGUUGACAUGGGAACUCUGAGGAGAGCAAUUUAAGGAUUUUCACAUUUGCUUGCCGUGGUUUUGCCAAGACAGAAUAAUCUCCAAGGUAGCUAGGUGGGAUUUCUGAGGAGCGGCCCUCAGAUUUCUUCUUGGCCAACCAUGAGGUUCUUUCUGCUAUGGUUCUGCGUGUUGUACCGUCUGGCCUCCAGGUUACGGGCGAUCAGCUUCCCUGAAGACGACGAGCCUCUUAACACUGUCGAUUAUCACUAUUCAAGGCAAUAUCCGGUUUUUAGAGGACGCCCUUCAGGCAACGAAUCGCAGCAUAGGCUGGACUUUCAGCUGAUGUUGAAAAUUCGAGACACACUUUAUAUUGCUGGCAGAGAUCAAGUCUAUACAGUGAACUUAAAUGAAAUCCCCAAAACAGAGGUCAUACCAAGCAAGAAGCUGACGUGGAGGUCCAGACAACAGGAUCGAGAAAACUGCGCUAUGAAAGGCAAGCAUAAAGAUGAGUGCCACAACUUCAUCAAAGUCUUUGUCCCAAGAAACGAUGAGAUGGUUUUUGUCUGUGGUACCAAUGCUUUCAACCCGAUGUGUAGAUACUAUAGGUUGAAUACCUUAGAGUAUGAUGGGGAAGAAAUUAGCGGCCUGGCACGAUGCCCAUUUGAUGCCAGACAAACCAAUGUUGCCCUUUUUGCUGAUGGGAAGCUGUAUUCUGCCACAGUGGCUGACUUCCUGGCCAGUGAUGCUGUGAUUUACAGAAGCAUGGGAGAUGGGUCUGCCCUUCGCACAAUAAAAUAUGAUUCCAAAUGGAUCAAAGAACCACACUUUCUUCAUGCCAUCGAAUAUGGAAACUAUGUCUAUUUCUUCUUCCGAGAAAUCGCUGUGGAACACAACAGCUUGGGCAAGGCUGUGUACUCCCGCGUGGCUCGCAUUUGUAAGAACGACAUGGGUGGCUCACAGCGGGUCCUGGAGAAACAUUGGACUUCCUUCCUGAAGGCUCGGCUUAACUGCUCUGUCCCCGGAGAUUCCUUUUUCUAUUUUGACGUCCUGCAGUCCAUCACAGACAUAAUACAAAUCAAUGGCGUCCCCACCGUGAUUGGGGUCUUCACCACGCAGCUCAACAGCAUUCCUGGCUCUGCAGUCUGUGCCUUCAGCAUGGACGACAUUGAGAAAGUGUUCAAAGGGCGAUUCAAAGAACAGAAAACCCCUGACUCUGUUUGGACAGCAGUCCCCGAAGACAAAGUACCAAAACCAAGGCCUGGCUGUUGUGCCAAACACGGCCUCGCGGAAGCUUACAAAACCUCCAUCGACUUCCCAGAUGAGACCCUGUCUUUCAUCAAAUCCCAUCCCCUGAUGGACUCUGCUGUUCCGCCCAUCGCUGAUGAGCCCUGGUUCACAAAGACACGGGUCAGGUACAGGUUGACGGCCAUCGAAGUGGACCGUGCAGCAGGACCCUACCAAAACUACACGGUCAUCUUUGUUGGCUCUGAAGCUGGUGUGGUGCUUAAAGUACUGGCGAAGACCAGUCCCUUCUCUUUGAAUGACAGUGUAUUGCUUGAAGAGAUUGAAGCAUACAACCAAGUCAAGUGCAGCGCCGAGAGCGAGGAGGACAGGAAGGUCGUCUCGUUACAGUUGGACAAAGAUCACCAUGCUUUAUACGUGGCCUUCUCCAGCUGCGUCGUGCGCAUCCCCCUCAGCCGCUGUGAGCGCUAUGGAGCCUGUAAAAAGUCCUGCAUUGCCUCACGGGACCCGUACUGUGGCUGGUUAAGCCAGGGUGUUUGUGAGAGAGUGACCAUAGGAAUGCUGCUGUUAACUGAAGACUUCUUUGCUUUCCAUAACCACAGCGCUGGAGGAUAUGAACAAGACAUGGAAUACGGCAACACGGCCCACCUAGGGGACUGCCACGAAAGUUUGCCUACUUCAACUACACCAGAUUACCAAAUAUUUGGCGGUCCAACAUCUGACAUGGAGGUAUCUUCAUCUUCUGUUGCCACUGUGGCAAGUAGCCCAGAAAUUACAUCUAAAGUGGUUGAUACCUGGAGACCUAAACUGACGAGCUCCCGGAAAUUUGUAGUUCAAGAUGGCCCAUAUACUUCUGAUUUUACUGAUACUAUAUCAGGUAUCCCAAAGGGUGUUCGGUGGGAAGUCCAAUCUGGAGACUCCAACCAGAUGGUCCAUAUGAAUGUCCUCAUCACCUGUGUGUUUGCCGCUUUCGUCCUGGGUGCGUUCAUUGCAGGCGUCGCUGUAUACUGCUACCGUGACAUGUUUGUUCGCAAGAACAGAAAGAUCCAUAAAGACGCCGAAUCGGCCCAGUCAUGCACCGACUCCAGUGGAAGCUUUGCCAAGUUGAAUGGCCUCUUUGACAGUCCUGUCAAGGAAUACCAACAGAACAUUGAUUCUCCUAAACUCUAUAGUAACCUGCUGACCAGUCGGAAGGAGCUGCCACCCAACGCGGAUACAAAAUCCAUGGUCAUGGAGCAUCGAGGCCAGCCUCCAGAGCUGGCUGCUCUCCCCACACCCGAGUCCACUCCUGUGCUCCACCAGAAGACCCUGCAGGCCAUGAAGAGCCACUCCGACAAGGCCCAUGGCCACAGUGCUUCGAGGAGAGAACACCCCCAGUGUUUUCCUUCCAGUCCUCCACCCCACUCCCCGUUAAGUCACGGGCACAUUCCCAGCGCUAUUGUUCUUCCAAACGCCACCCACGACUAUAACACGUCAUUUUCAAACUCUAAUGCUCACAAAGCCGAAAAGAAGCUUCAGAACAUCGACCACCCUCUUACAAAGUCCGGUAAGAGGGAGCACCGGCGUUCUGUGGAUUCCAGAAACACCCUUAACGACCUCCUGAAGCAUCUGAAUGACCCAAACAGUAACCCCAAAGCCAUCAUGGGAGAGAUCCAUAUGGCGCAUCAGACCCUCAUGCUGGACCCCGUAGGACCUAUGUCUGAAGUCCCACCCAAGGUCCCUAACCGGGAGGCGUCUCUGUACUCCCCUCCCUCAACACUCCCCAGAAAUAGUCCAACCAAGAGAGUCGAUGUCCCUACCACUCCCGGGGUCCCAAUGACAUCUCUGGAAAGACAAAGGGGUUAUCAUAAAAAUUCCUCCCAGAGGCACUCUAUAUCAGCCGUGCCUAAAAACUUAAACUCACCAAAUGGUGUUUUGUUAUCCAGACAGCCGAGUAUGAACCGUGGAGGGUAUAUGCCUACUCCCACGGGGGCGAAGGUGGACUACAUUCAGGGGACACCCGUGAGUGUCCACCUGCAGCCUUCCCUCUCCAGACAGAGCAGCUAUACCAGUAAUGGCACCCUACCCAGGACGGGACUAAAGAGGACACCAUCCUUAAAACCUGAUGUGCCACCAAAGCCUUCCUUUGUUCCUCAAACCACAUCGGUCAGACCACUGAACAAAUACACUUACUAGGCCUCAAGUGUGCUAUUCCUUCCUGUGUGGCUUUAUCCUGUCCCUGUUGUUGAGGUCGCUGUGAGGGUACCUUAAGACAAGAUACCUGCUUGUAUUUUAAGAGAAACAAGUAGCCAAAGAAACUCUGUAACUUUGGUAACAUCAGAACUUGCCACAUGUAGCUACUGCAUCCUGGCUUCUGUGUACUUGCCUGAAGCAAAGGGAGGUACUGGUCAUUCCAUUUCUCUUGUUUGAUGCUGAAGGGGUGUGCAGCCUGAAAGGGCUCCCUUCGCCGGUAGAAAGAGCUGACACAGUACUCAGAAGACUGAACAAAUACUUGAAAAUGGGUUCAAUUUAGACUGCCAUUAUGUGUGGUCUUCCCAUUAAAUGUGAACAUUUUAAUAUGUAUGCAUUCACCUUGCCUCUUGCACAAAUGUCAAAAUGAAAAGAUGGGAAUGUCUCAAAACAAAAUGAGCUUGUAGAUUACCAAGCAGUUUGCUAAAAAAAAAAAAAAUCUUUGACCCAAACUGUAGCAUUUUUUUUUCAUGUGUGGCACUGUUUUUUUAUUUGAUGCCACCAACAAAACUGUGUGAGAGGGGUGUGUGUGUGUGUGUGUGUGUGUGUAUGUGUGUGUGUGUGUGUGUGUGUGUGAGAGAGAGAGAGAGAGAGAGAGAGAGAGAGAGAGUUCUGUACCCAUUAAGAUUUAUUUAGGUGCCCAUUGCGUCUUUUUGUACUAUGGAGUUGUUUACACUAAGCAUGACUGAAGACAGCUAACUUCCUCCCACACCACCAGUUCAUUGUGUUCAGCUCCGAGAAAGGAAGUCGAGGCUCCUUUGACUGUCAAGUGAUUAACUUAACCUAUGUGGUACCCAAUGUCAUGUAAGAACAUGUAAGAGUUCUAAAUAAUUUUGUGCUGCUAUUCAUCAAAACUUCUCUUCCAGCCUUGCCAGCUUAAGAAGUUAGAGUUAUUAAGAUGUACCCUUGAUGUAUCUACCAGUAUUCAGUAGUAACGUUUACCCGUCCACUGUGAAUCAAAGCUACCUAACCCUCGACACACUCAUAAGUGUUUCUUUUGAUUGUGUUAUUUUCUUCUGUUCACUCUUCCUUCCCCCAAGACAAAAACAGAAAACCAAAACAGAGGACGAAAGAAAGAGACAGAAAAGGAAUUGCAGUCGGCUCGCCAGGGAGGGCCUGAAAGCCCACACUGGUGCCGCCCUGUCCUCUGUGCUGUGUUCUGAGGAUGCUCUCCUGAGUCAUGCAGGCAAUGACAGUAAACUGUAAAUACCACAUGUGAGUUUACCCGGAUCUGUGCAUUUUGUGCCUUAUUCACGAGAGUGGUAGACGUUCUGCAGUAUGUUGAGUGUUCCCACUAUUAGCGCAUCAUUUCCCAUGUGCCAGUUGUCAAUGUUUUUCAGCCAGCGCCCGACGACUUCUUACAAAGUCAGAAAGCAACCUCGAGCAAUUUGUUGUUGAACUCUCCCCGCCCCCUCCCCCUCCCCCACGCACCCGAAUCAGAAGCAGCACCCGCCCUUGCCAUGAUAAACAUUCCACCCCUGCUCUUCUGGAAAUGUGAAGUCAGAUGAGGGUUCCCAGGGAACGUGGCACCUGCGGAAACCAUGUCUAACGUCAUCUCUACGUAGCUUGGCAGAGCCCACUGAAGGCUGAUGGUGUGUGCAGCCUACUGACGACUUUGGUUAACCCAACUGCACAUCACUCGGUCAUUUAUCCCAACCUAGUCAGAAAUCACCACAGCUGAGGAAGGCUCCUGACCCAGUCAGGUAGGGUUCAACCGCUAUCUUGGGACAGUGAUGAUGGCAUGCAUUACUUGGGGGGAGGAACGGGUGCAGAACACCAGAUCAUUUUUAUACACAAUAUAGAAUACUGAUGAAGUUGGUCUUUUCCUUCAAGAACAUUCUUUUCUAGAGAGAGAAAAAAACAAUGAUUCCUUAAAAGCUGAAACACCUGUUAUCAAACUACUUCAGCUUUGCAACUAAAAUAUUACAGUUUAAUCAAUUAAACCAACCAACAAUAAGCACUACACAGUCUGCCACCAACGAUGUGUUUGCAUUUACCUUACAAAUAUUAAUCCCAGCGUGGUAACUCUGUGUGACCCCGCUAACAUUUUGUAACAUUGUGCUGCCUUAGAGUGUACUGUGAGUUCUAUCAGUAUUUAUGUUGAAAUUUCUAACAUGGAGUUUAGUCUCUAUUCUGUUAAUUUAAUUUUUAAAUGCUUUAUCCAUUUGUGCAAAGGUAAACACAGAUUGUAUCUUUUUUAAUGGUACGGCAUAAAAAAAAAAAUAACCCUAAAGUGAAGUGGCUCUAUACUCUUUUAUAGAGUACUUUAACAUGUAUAGAUAUCUUGUAAACUUGUAUUGUGGAUGUGUAAAUAAUAUGUACUUUGGGUUUUUAACACCGCAUGUAAAGUCAAAAUAAAAUA